UGUGUGUAGCUUCACGCUUCACAUUAUCUGGAUAGAUGGAGCAGUUGUGGCAAGGAUCGUGGCUCACAGCAGGCUGCAGCUGAGCGGAGAGAGAGGAGCGCGCAUGAAAACGGGUCUUGGAGAGACCAGAGUCAUUCCCAUCACUCUCCGCCGGCCAGUCAGACCGCAGACACAUCACAGGGUAACUGAAUGUUGCACAACAGAGGAUGAACCUAAAAAGAGAAGCAUAACGACUGAUAAAAAAAACACCUGAGGACCGUCGCAACAGGGGAGCGUGACUGACUUCCCAUGGAGGGGUGCGCAGAGAGGGUGAGCUCCUUCUCUUUCACUUGGUACGAAGAUACAAGUUGGAUGUAUGCCGAAGAGAUGUUGAUUUUGCGGUACUGAUUAUUUAAAAAAAUUAAUCCGUUCAAUUACUGGAGUUGAUUUUGGAUUUAAUUCUUUUCAAGCUGACCCAAGACGGCGCUGCGGGUCAUGAGCUGUCCACAUUCACAGAGCGGAGCGCACGUUGCUUAGAUUAAGAUUUAGAAAAUAAGAACAUCAAUUGCGCCUCUGUUUCAAAGACGUCAACCCAGGGAUUGCAGUGCCAGAGAUACUUUAGCUGGGCGGCCAAAAUAACUCUUGAAUGUUUCUGAAAGCUGAGCGGUGGUUUUGCUGUGUCCACACAAAUGGGCACGCGAACUAAACCAAAAGGAAAAAAAUACCUCGCAUCUGGAUUACAGCCUCAUGUCAGCAUAGGAAGAGCUGUGAUAUUGAUAUGAGCUUUCCUACAAGUGAUGACUUAGACAUUGAAUAGCCUAUGCAUCUCCCUGAUAUAAAAAGGACAGUUGAGACUUUUGAAUGCUGUUGUCAGCCUAAUUUGUGGCUCACCACUCUGAUGGAAAUGUUGGCUGGAGACUGUGCCAUAUACUAACAGGGAGCUGCAUUCAAAGAAAUGAAAAAAUAAAACACAACACUAAGUAGGCGGGGUGGAUCAUUGUCGAUACAUGCACCAAUAUAAUCACACAGACACGCCUAGAGGAUCAUUAAACAAAUCAGAUAAACGCAGAGCGAAAACCAUCAAUAGAAGUUAUUGAUGAGGUGGUAUAUAAGGCUAAUGAUUGGCCAAGCCUCUGUUUACUCAACAGCUCGGCAACAAUAUGGUGUGAAAGUUUCGCUUGACAGCUGAGGCACCCAGAGAGAGGAGUAAAAGUGCUUUAUGCUAUUGCAUGACUACCGUGCUGACUGGAAAAAUUACUGCAAUCAACAGCUGGAAUAUUCCUCCUCCUCUUCAAACUAGAAUGUCUGCUGCCUGUGCUGCUGCUGCAGGAAUUUUUGGGGGUCACAUUUCAGAAGAGAUCUUUUUGAAAUAUUUAUAGCGGUUCUCAUGCAAGGAUGGUGGUUGUGACAAGAAGCCUAUGGAUGACCCAGUCUGUGGGAGAGCUGGUGCCGAGACAAUUGACCUCCCCACCAGCUACGCCGUCCGUCUAAAACUCCUCCCCAGAGAGGCACAGCUGCUGCAGGCUGGGGAUGUGAUGGGGUGACUGUUGACACCCCCCUCACCCACCCCCUAUCUCACUUUAUUAGCAGUGUAAUAUAAACAAUGGAUCAGAAUUUCUCAACGGUUCAAGAUGGCAAGCAGCUGCUACCAGAGAGAGACUCGUCCAAACGUGUGCUGACAGGAUGCUUCCUCUUCCUCCUCAUCUUCACCACGCUGCUAGGCAACACACUUGUGUGCGCUGCUGUCACCAAGUUCCGACACCUAAGGUCGAAGGUCACCAACUUUUUUGUCAUCUCGCUGGCCAUCUCCGACCUUCUGGUAGCUAUCUUGGUUAUGCCGUGGAAGGCGGCGACUGAGAUUGUCGGGUUUUGGCCGUUUGGUGCUUUCUGCAACGUAUGGGUGGCGUUUGACAUCAUGUGCUCCACUGCCUCCAUCUUGAACCUGUGUGUGAUUAGUGUAGACCGUUACUGGGCCAUCUCAAGCCCAUUCCGCUAUGAACGCAAGAUGACCCCAAAAGUGGCAUGUCUGAUGAUAAGUGUGGCGUGGACCCUGUCGGUCCUUAUCUCCUUCAUUCCUGUUCAGCUUAACUGGCACAAAGCUCAGACCACCAGCUACGCAGAGCUAAAUGGAACAUACAUCGGCGAUCUGCCCCCUGACAACUGCGACUCCAGCCUUAACAGGACCUACGCCAUCUCCUCCUCUCUUAUCAGCUUCUACAUCCCUGUGGCUAUUAUGAUUGUCACUUACACCCGGAUCUACCGCAUUGCCCAGAAACAGAUACGGAGAAUAUCUGCCCUGGAGCGGGCAGCAGAGAGUGCCAAAAACCGUCACAGCAGCAUGGGGAAUAGUUCGAGUAUAGAGAAUGAGAGCUCAUUCAAAAUGUCGUUCAAACGAGAAACCAAAGUCUUAAAGACGCUCUCAGUCAUCAUGGGAGUGUUUGUGUGCUGCUGGUUGCCCUUCUUCAUCCUUAACUGCAUGGUUCCGUUCUGUGAGCCGGACGGUGCCACGGACUUGCCCUGCAUAAGCUCCACCACCUUCGAUGUGUUUGUGUGGUUUGGCUGGGCAAACUCCUCGCUUAACCCCAUCAUCUAUGCCUUCAACGCUGACUUCCGCAAGGCCUUCUCCAUCCUCCUGGGCUGCCACCGGCUCUGCCCGGGGAGCAACGCCAUUGAGAUCGUCAGUAUUAACAACAACAUGGGCGCCCCUACCUUGAACCCCAACAAUCAAUAUGAGCCCAAGGGUCACAUUCCAAAGGAGGGCAACCAUUCAGCCAGCUAUGUGAUCCCCCACAGCAUCCUGUGUCAGGAGGAUGAGUUACAGAAGAAGGAUGGAUGCGGAGGGGAGAUCGAGGUGGGCAUGGUAAACAACGCCCUGGAGAAACUCUCCCCAGCUAUCUCUGGGAAUUUAGACAGCGAUACUGAGGUCACACUGGAAAAGAUCAAUCCCAUAACACAGAAUGGACAGCAUAAAACCUCGUCAUGUUGAGAAAAGGCAAAGCUGGAUCGGAGUACACCGAGGCAUGUAUGUACGCACAAAGGGAAGAAACGCUUACACAGAAGGACAGCAAAAGUAAAAAAAGAGACAGAUAUCUUUAAAAAAAAAUGCCUGACAGGGAAACAGUGAAUGGGAUAUACAGGACCUUAAGACUGUCAACAAAAAUCCACAUGGAAAUACCUACAGAAUGUUUUAAAGUAAAGGCACUUUAUCCUGGAUAUAACUAUCUGCAAAAUACUCUCAGCAUUUAUUGAUGAAAUUGACACAUUUGAUUUGAUGUUGAUAAUGUGAAUAUUAAAGCAGAACACUAGCUAUGUGCACAUGUAUACAUUUUUUUAAUAUUUACAAAGAUGUAUACAUUUGCAUGUGUAUACUGUACAGUACUGACACAGUCCUGGAAGGACAUAAACACAGUAUACAGUGGAGGAAGAUGUAGUAACUAUUAGCAAAAUGUCUUGUAGGUAGGUGUUUUGUAUGUGUUUCAUGCAAGAGAGAGCAAUGUGAGUAAAUUGGUUAUGGGUACAGUAUAAUUAGUUGUUUAUUGCAGUUAUUUCCCUUCAGUAAGUUUUUUAUCAUUGUAAUAUUUUAUUACAAAAUCAAACCACUUGUAAUGCAGUGGUAAUUUAUUUGCGUUAAAACUGCUUCAGACACCAAAGUAACAAUAUUCUGAUUUAAAUUAAAACAGGCAGGGGGCAGAAAAUUGAGUUCAAUACCGUAAGCCAAGUUGUCAUAUAUUUAUAAAUAUUUUAUUUUUACACCACCAUACCUACCCAUGUUAUCUUGCAGUAUCUCCAGAUUGGAAAACGUCACUCCUAUGGUCUACUUUCCUUCCCUUGUAUCCUAUUCUGAUCCAUCCUCAGUCAUGCCCACCUAGGACCAAUCAGACAGGCUCGCCCAAAGUUUUCUCCAUUACUUCUCCUCACUCCCUGUUUUCAUUGGUCUCCCUUCUCUGCUGCUCUUCAGCAAACCCUCUCUAGGGCCCUAAAGUCUUCUCUCCUUUCCAUUUUAUCUUCUCACCGUCUCCUCUGGCAGCCCUUCAUUUUAAGUCUUUACUCUGCCCACUUAAAGUGGUACUGUAGCCUACUUAUGAUUCUAUUUUUGGUUAGUGCUGUCAGUCCAUAAUUAAAAAAGAAUGUAAAUCUGUAAACUAAAACUCCUGCAGUUGGACAGAAGAGGCAGCAGCGUUCAUUCAGCUGUAAUGCAAGUGACAGUGACCUUUUGCAAACUUGAAGAUAUCUGAUUUUGUAAAUUGCUCAUGCUGGGAGCCAAGCUGUGCUGUAGUGGCGAUGUGGAGCAUGCAGUGUGACAGUCGCUCUGUUUGCAGGGGUGGAAUCCAAAACCACCACGAUGAGGAUUACCAAGAUAUCAAACAUAUUUGUAUAACCACUCUUUUUCCAGGCAUCUGCUUUUGUGCUCUAGCAUUUAAAAAAAUAAAAUACAAUUAGAAAUUAACUGUUGAGGUUAGUCAGAAUAAAGCUUUAAAGUUAGUCCCUAUGUUGAAAUUAUUUUAUACCACAUUUGUUCUAAAACUAAAUUUAAAAUAUGUUUUUUAACAGUGCUCAAACAAGCUUUUUAGAUUGAUACAGUAUAUUACAGUUAUUUUACAAAAGAUAAUCGUUUACAAUAGGUAGUUUCACAUUUAAGGUUAAGUUUCAGUUUAAAGUGAGACUAUGUAACAUUUGUAAGUAUUGUAUGUGAUAAUGGAAAAUGCUAAAACAUAGUGUCGCAGUAGUAGAGUCAUCUGUGACUCUGUAAUGUCCAUAAUACAGCUAAAUCCAUCUAUAGUUUGCUAACAUUAGUUAACAUUAGCCACAAUAAGCUACUGGUAAUACCAGACCAAGUAAGGCUUUCCUUUGUAAGAGGAAAAAUGUUAUUUCUUCUUUCAAAAGUUACAUAGUGUUGCUUUAAGUUUACGUUUUAUGCAUUGUAUUUGUAGCCAUUAAAAUCAAACAUAAGGACAAAUAACAUAAGAAUAUGAUAUGCAAAGUCUAUGCGUGGCACACAAUUAUAAAACAUGACUAGCUUUCUAGUCAACGCCUGUAAAGCUACUUUUCUGUUGUGUUUAGUGUUGCUGGGGAAAGAAUGCUCAACAGCAGGCUUUCGGACAUUGUAUGCUGAGCAUCCACCAUGUGCUGCGUGUGUCCAUUUAGGCGUGAAACUGUUGCACAUCAGAGAAAGGAAGAGCUAAUCCAAUAGAAAGCAAUUGGUCUUGAACGAAGCAUUUGAUUUUCCUGCUCUGGAAAAUCCAAUGCUAUCUAGAUGGCAACAAAGGGAGGGGGGGGGGGGGCUUUUAGCUCAAUAUGGGGCUUGGCUUGUGAUACAAAAGCAACUCAUUGUCCUAUCUGCCUCCCUGUCCUCGGCUACUGCUAGCUGCUGCUCCAUUGCUUUAAAACUGACAUUCACGAAGUGGAUUUGGAUUAACCAUCUUUUAUAAUUAAUUAAUUUAAUUAAGAGCCACAAUAUACUAUAACAUCCCUCUUUACUCCUUUGCCUUUUAGAAAUUUUCAACCAUAUCAGCUCAGUAACCCUCCCCUUUCUCUCUUCAUCAGUAAUUUACUCCCUAAUUUUUUCCAAACACAAGCCAGUUCAAACAUGCGAUAAAACAUGAACUGCACAUAAUCUGUCAGGUUUGGAUAUGGAGGGUAACUGCCUUAGGGAAGAUUUGGUUCCCCCCUCCACCUCCACCCCUACCCCCACCCCCACCCUCUACCCUUAUUUUUCUCCAUCUCUUUUUAUUUUCUCUUGGCUGCCUCUGUCAACUUGAUGAGUGUUCUCGAUGUUAACAAAGAUUUAAUUUAUUAUUUAAAAGACAGGGCCUACUGUUUCCCUUCUGUAGUUUGAGUUGAAUCGCUGAAUCAAAGCCCCACCUAGACGUUUUAUUAUGAUUACAUUAUUAUUAUUGUUGUUGCCAAAAUUGAUAUUUUUGGCUGAAUGUGGCUGUACUGUAGCUUAUGCUGUGAUUAAACCAGUGUUUUUAUAAACUGAAAUUUUGGGGGGGGGUAGGGGUAUUCUUAAUGAUAUAGAGAUUAAUCUGCCAUUUGUUGUUGUGACAUCAUUGGCAUUUACAGGUUUACCAGAUGUUUUCCGUAUAUGCUGUAUGUAGACAUUUAUAGAAUCAUACCUCUGCUGUAUUUUGGCUCCAUGAAAAAAAAACCUGAGCCCUCACCUUGUCAACUCGGUGAGUCAUCUUUCCAGCCACUGCUUUGAUUUUGGAGAAGGGCGAUGUCAGUCAACAGUCCCAUAAGCGAAAUGUUUUGUUUGAUCUGGAGCAUUUCCUCCAGGCUGCCCUACAUGUUGCUUUGGGGAGCAAUGGUGACAUUACAUGGUCUCUCAAUCAGUGUAGUUACAUGACGUAUGACAACUUAAGCAAAUCUGACAGUGCAGAAUCCCUCCUCUCCCUCCGCCGGUGGGCCAAGGGAUGCAGCAGACGUAGGGACGAACAACACUCCAAGGCCCUGGGAAUGUGGUGAUGAUGUUUCAUCUUAUACAAACUGUCUAGGAUAAUGAUGAAGUCCCUACCUCGACAUCAAUUCAGUUACAAAGCUUCAUGUACAAAAUUAAACUGCAGUAUUUAGGGUUGGGGAGUGCAGGGAUAGAGUAUUGUACAAUGAUGUUCAAAAUGUAGUUGUGAUCAACACAAGUGCUUUUUAUCUUCAAAAAUCCCUAAUGUGUGUAGCAAAUUUACAUGCUGUAUGUUUUCUCCAGUGUGGGAUUAUAAUUUGCAGUAAGAUGCAGCAGUCACUGACUAUUUCUAUAUUUAUUUAUUUACAUGUCUCUGGUGUUCAGUCAUGAACGUGAUGUCAAAGAUUAUAACCCUCAGAAUAAUAACAAUAUUUAGUUUACAGUUUGUACAAAAAAAUGUGCCCUUCUUGUAAAAUAAACAUGUAUGUAUUUUUUUUUUC